UGGACGAUAACAGGAACUAAUUCCAACUUAUUUUUGAUCUAAUUCUUGUUACGUUUGUAUAAAACUCAAGACUUUAAACCUGGUUAAAGUACUGAGUAAAGUAAUAAAAUUUUAUUAGCCUGUACUCCUGAAAUUGUAUUAUAAAAUGUUAUGAUGGCUACCUACGAGAAUUGGUCAGGUCGACGGAGAGGUAAACAAGGUGGCGAUUUAUAUAGGUUAGACACUAAAAAUAAAUCACCUGAAGAAAAUGUAAAAGAAAUUAUACAAGGCUUGUACUUGAAGAAGCCAUUUAACAAUGAUACUUCACCUACUAAUAAGAAUACACCCAUGGAAUUUAAGACUGGUUUGCGGAAUGUGCAGAAAAAUGGUUCUGAUUCGUAUAGACUUUCUUGUUUAAAUGCUUUAGUUGUGCUACUGUCGAAAGAAGAUAGAAAUAAUUUAGGAUUUUCAACCGAAGAAUUAAUGACAUGCAUCCGAGCUAGCCUUGUAGAUGAGUCUACAGUUAUCAGAGCUGCAGCAUUAAGAGCUCUAAGAUAUUUGAUUAAAACUGAGAGUGAUGUAGCCACAUUCAACAUAUUGAAGUUAACACAUAUUGUAACAAGAUCCAUGGAUUUAAUGCUACGGAAUGAAGAGGAGCGAGCACAAGCUCUCAGAGUUGUCCGACGAGUUAUAGCCGUGGUAGGGGCAGCAGAGCAGCCUUUACGGUGUCACAGAUCAGCGUACAUUGACCAGGGCUUGCUCAGGUGUUUAACUGCUGUGGCUCGCGCUGGCAGUGCGGGGGAUGGAACUGGGGAUAGACUGUCUCGCCCAGCUAUUGCCACUUUAGCUGAGAUUUGUGUGCUAAACCCUGACCUAUUCAUCUCGUGUGGAGGUGUGAAUGCAGUAAUCCGUCAGUUGGCGGAGUGUGCGACACCGCGCAUGGCGGAGGCUCUCUGUGGAGUCUUACUACACACAUUGAACGAGCCUUUGUCUCGGAGGGCAGCUAGAAUUGAUCUAACCUGCCUCAAUUCGCCUUACUGUGAUUUUCACUGUCGGCCUGCAGGAACUGAUUCAAAUAGGGAUGAACGUGAGAUGCGAUUCACUUGCAGCAGACUGGCACUAUUAUGUGUGCUGCGCAGUUGGCCGGGACUGCUGCACUUCUGUAAUCCGUGCAGUAAAGGUGGCCUACGCGCGUUGGUCGCCGCUCUAUACUUACCACGGUUAGAGGUCCGAAAAGCUAUAUUGGAUUUGUUGUAUGAGUUAGUUGGACUACCACAACCAGAGUGGACAGAUGAGAUUUCCGUGGCCUUAGAUGCUGUAGAUCCAUCUGACUUUCAGGAUUCCUGGCGUCUGAACGAAGGAUUCGUGGCAGCUGAAGGCACUGCUAUUCUACCUCACCUCAGUGCGACCGGACCAGAUAUUAUUGAAAUUCAUCUUGCUCUGUUACUUCAAUGCUUCCUAGAGGCUGGACUACUGGACGGAUUAGCAGAAGUAAUAGUGACAAGUGAUACAUUUAUAUCGGUCCGUGCUACCGUACUUUUAGGCCAACUAUUGCAUUUAAUACACCUGUUUCUACCUCCUCAAAUAUGUAAUUUAACGCCUGCACUGCCCACUUUGAUGUCUCAAGCAUCAGCGGGCAAGCCUCAGGCGUUAGCUGCCGUCGCGGCCCUAAGGAGACUCCACUCCAUGCUAGAGUCGCGUCCGGCCAGCAACAGCUUGUUCCUAGACCAUAUCAUACAGUACUGCAGUGGCGCAUUCAGACUGAAAAUAGAAGAUAUGACAAAAAGUAGGAAAGAAAAGGACAAUGCUAACAUGGCGAAGCCGCACCAGGAAUUAUUAGUACAUAAAGAGAGUAGCAUCGAGUUUCUCAACGAAUCCGACAACGAAAACGAACCGAAGCAGAGGCAUAGUGUCGGCUCACGUGCUGACGUCACCAGCAGGAAUGUUAGUGCACUAGUGAAGAGCAAAAGUGUCAGUUCACGGACUAGUUCGGUGGGAAAAGUAUCCAAAUCGGCAAAGUUCUUCAGUUUAUUCGAACGUGAUAGUGAUAGUUGGAUACGAUCCAGUCUUGUCAUGCAAAGCAAGGAUGGCAAUACUUGGGACUGGGAAAUUAUACGGACGAUAUUGAAGGAAAGUGAUAGUGCGCCAUUGUUAAAUUUAAACGACAGUGGACACAAAGCCUGGGUGAGCCGUAUCAUCAGCUAUCUCAAACCUUCAUCCAACAAGUAUUCACAUACAGAUAUAUCAACCACUUGCAAUGGACAUUCUGCUACGAGGGCUGGAUGUCAAUUAAUUAGACAUUUGCUGCAGCAUAAUGACGCUGAUUCGCAUAGGAUGUUAGAAGAGCUAUUUACGGACGUCAGCAGACAGAUAGAGGCGAUAGAGACUGGACGGAAGGCGCACGAGUGUCUCUUCAGUCCUCAGCACAUGUGCAACACUAUGUGCCAGAUGUAUUUCCUAUUUAUCGGACAACUCUGUCACUCGCAAGUCGGACUGAAAUUGUUCAAACAAACGGGAUUAUAUGAUAAUCUUCUAGAACUUUCGACGAAGACCCAUCACAGUUGCUAUGUUAAGCUAGUUAUAUCGAGUUUGGAUUACACGUUGGACUCUAGUCCUCGGGAUGUUCUGGCUAAAACAUUAACUUGCACCAUUCAAGCGUCGAGAUUGUAUGCGACGCAAUUCCUGAAUGUCCUUCUACGAGCUUCUAGAAGCUCCCGUGAACUUGUAAGGAAGAAAUCUAAAUUAAAGAAGAAUUACACCCAAGAUCAAUGGAAACAUGUUUAUAGAGAUGACGGUGAUAGUAAUGCGGUUGAUAUGGACACAUGGGUAUUACAAAUGUUGGUUGGACAAGUUAAAGAUGAGUCUAAGAAGGUUGUCAAAUGUGCUUUAUCUAUAUUGGAAGAAGCAUAUAGUGUACCGGCGUUCUUGGAGAAAAUGAUGACAAUGAAAGACACUCUCGGUCAGAACUGCCGAUUGGACAAAAAUGCUGAUCCAUCAACGUUGGACUUUAGCUCCGUUGGUGAUAGAGGCUAUUUGAUAUGGCUGGGUUUAGAAGUUGCUGCAACCGUUCAGACUGGCGAUUCACAAUCUAUAGCAUUUCUCAAGAAACAUUUGGAUUUCUGGGCAAAAUCUUACAACUACAGAUACGUGCGGUUAGUGGAGGCGGGCGUGCACGAGGCGCUGACUGUGUGCGAGGGCGGGCGUCGGCCGCGGGCGUCGCGUCGCUGCGUGCGCACACCGCCGCAUCUGCUGGCCGCGCUCGCCCCGCACCCCGCAGCCGUACAGCUGCGGGGACUGCUGGCUGCCGCGCUACCACCCCACUACAAGAUAAUACAAGCUAUGAAAUGUUCAACGGAGCAAGAGAUAAUGGAGUUAAAGUCAUCACUGUGGGCGGUGGGUAACGCGGCGCUGAGCGGUGCGGGGCUGCAGCAGGUGCUGGCUGUGGGCGGCGAGGAGACGGCGCCGCACCACGUCGUGCGCCUCGCCAAGUACAGCCCCGUGUACUCUGUGCGGGCGACAGCUUUCUAUGUGCUCGGACUCUUCGGAAGCACCUUUGAAGGCGCUAAUCUUCUCUCCGAUUUAGGUUGGAUAUGCGUGAGACAUACCCGUCACGAUCAAUUCCCUAUAAUACCGGACGAGAAUUACUCACCAUACGAUAAGACUGGAGACGGCAACUAUAUCACAUCACCGGAACGACGUUACAAUGCAUUCGAUAUAGAAUUGAGUGAACACUCCGAUCAUACCGACUUAAGUACUGCUGAAAGCGUGCACUCAGACACGAAACAUGGGAUUAAAACUAUAGUCGACCAUGAUGUCGUUGACCACAAGACUCCUUACAAUGAAAGUCGCCGCGAAGUCAGCAAAAGAAAGUCCCAUACAUUACCAACACAAGGAUGCUCUACUUCUCACGAUAGACCGGCUCUAACUGAAUCUAGGACUGUUGAUAUUCUAAGAGAUUGUUCGAGCUACGAACGACCCGGACCCCAUCGGUUGCAUUUCGAGAACAGAUUGUUACUAGGAAGGAUGAAUUCUUUGGAACAUCAUGAGGGCAGAGUGAGGAAUACCAGUGAAUCAAGCACGAGCGGUGUCAGUAGUUGUGAUUCAGCCGGUGGCAAAUAUGCAAUACCUGACAGAAUAUUGACACUGAGUCCCAUACCGAGUUCAUCAAGUCUGUACGGUAUGAAGAGUAGUAGUAGCUCUCAUCGGCCCCGACUGUCUGAGUCACAACGGAGAACUUCCACUUCAAGUUUUUCAACUUGUGAAGUGGCCAGUUCUCCUCCUACACAAAUGGACAUGUCAGGUUAUGCCACACUCAAGACCAUAAAUAAACAUAGACGGCCGCACUUGUCGGAGAGCGCGGCGUCAGGUUCUAGCGAACUGGACGACCUGACGUGGCUGCUGACGGACACUCAGCGCCGCUCCAAACCCUUCUCCUCCUUACGAGACCGGGCCAAGUCCACCAGGGAGAGGAUGACCAAACUAAGUCUCCUAGAUUACGAUUGGAAGCCACUCCCCCUGUCGGAAGGGGGUCGGACCACUCCCCCUCCCGCAGCGCGCGAGCCCCCGCGCCGCCCACCGCAAACCCCCUGCGCCCCGCCAUCGCACCCCGCGCACCCCCCGCACCUCCCACCCGCGCCCCACGUGCCGCACCCGCCGCCUUACAUCGGCAUCUGUCUGCCCAGGGAUCUAAAGGAACUGUUUCCUAGAGAUGAAGAUGGCAAAGAAGAUAUUGAAACUGAGAAAAGAGUACCAUUUGGUCGAACCGGGUUAAAUCUGUUCCCAGCAGAGUAUAGUAAUAUUAGUACAGAUAACAAAACGAAUGACACGCCUGAACAUCAUGCUGCCCAUAUUAAAGAUGGCACACCGCAUACGCUUCCGAUUUCAGUACCACAGACAACAGGAAUGAAUGUAACAACUAUAGCUGGCAACACCAACAAUAAUAUAAGUUUUGAAAUACCCGAAGAUGUAAAAAUAUCAAAACCAGAAAUAAAGAAUACUGUUAAAAUUGAUACUGGAAAACCGUACGAUGAUAUUAAAAUUAAUAAAAUAUUAAAUUUGGACAAAAUACAAGAAACAUCAACAGAUAAUAUAAAUGUUACGAAAACUGACAACAUUGAAAAAGUCAGUUCGCCCGAUCAUGUUGCGAAAUUCCUUCCAGGGAGCGUUCCUAAGUCUGUGACUUUACCUGAUAAAGUCUCAACAAAGGUUACAUCUCCCGAUAAGACUGGUAAUAAAGUAGCAAUUGAAGGACCAAGUGCCUUGGACCUAUCAAUAUCGGAGAAGGUCAAUGUCACCACAGGAUCGGGUUCCCGAUGGAGGCAUUCUACUGCCGACUGCCUGGCUUGCGUCAAAACACGACCGCCUUCUUCACACGAGUUGCGUGAAGCUUUCUUUGCAGGAAUGGAAAGCCCAAGUACCAGUGUUCCUCCUGAUCUUCGGAGUAGAUCUGUCAGUCCAGCUAGUGAUACAUUGUGUCCUCAAGCAGAAGUCUUACACCAUGUGCAUUUUAUGUCAAACCCCAUACAUCUAAGACAGGCGCGUUCUACAUUAAUAUCAUUAAAGCAGCGCUACCCUGAGGUAUUCCGGAGCCCGUGUGUCUACUCCGACGUCUGCGUAUUACUUGCUCGGGACACAUACAUGUUGUGCGCGCGACGAUUCCUGCAGGACCUAUUCCUGGACGUCAGCUUUGAAUGUUUCGCUCAUGAGCCCGCUAAAGUGCUAUCAAGACAUGGCGCGAUUUUAUCUCCGACACAAGUGAAACCAUAGUGCUUUUGUGAAUAUAGUGUUAUUGUGAGUUAUUAAGUGUUCAGUGAUAGUGCUUUUACUUGCAGUACGAAUUGCUCGACUAAAGGAUCUCGUCUCCUAACCUAGAGGUACAGUAGAAUCUCGAUGUCUAAAAUGUCAAGGGAAAUACAAAUAACUUUGACUUAUUGAGUCAAAUUAAGAAGAAUCAAGAUAUGAAUUUAUUUGCUGGGGGAAUUAAUAUAAUAUUCAAAAUAAAUUUGUGAUUUACAUAUCAAGAAAAUGGUAAAAGCAGGCAAGGUCACAUUGUAUAGAUCUUUACACCAGUGUGUAUACCUUAACUAUUUUCAAAUAAUAGCCACUUAUUUGAAAAUAAAAUUAGAGUGGUAAUGAUACAAUAUUCGUACUGUAUUGUCAAAAGGCAUUGGAUAGUCACAGAACUAUUUUUAGCUUUUUAUAUCAUGAGAGCUCACAGCUUUGAAAUAAUCUCUUCUAUAAUUUUUUUUCUUAUGGUUUAUUGAUUUAAUAAUGACAAACAAUAUAGACUACUAUAAAAAACUUAGACAGAGUUUCAAAUACAUUUUAGCUUAAACAUAGGUCAACCCUUUUGUACCGUAAUUUUAGAGCCCGGCGCCGGAUUUUUGACAAAUUAUGGUUAUUGAAACAUUAUGCGUAAGCUUGCGAAAUGCGAUCUUGAC